AUGGUUGCGAAACAUACUGAAAAAGAAAAUAUAGAAAAAGUUUAUUCGCACACUAAUCCUUUUAUAAUAAAUUUUAUCAGACGAUCUAUUAAAGGAGGAAGAGUUUCGGCAAAUAGAAAAUCAUUUAAAACGAACAAAAAGGAUGCAAUUUGUAACGUAUUAAAGGAGUUUAUUUCACAAAGUGAUAACAUAAUUGAUUUAUUCAAAGAAUACAGCGCAAGCACAAAAGACAAAACGGAGGUUCAUUCGAGAUUUAAAAAAAUAAAAUUUACUAAACUAAUGGCAUUUGAUGCUAACGGUUUAUACGCUUCAGCAAUGUCGGAUUUAGACAGUGAAUAUCCGAGAGCAGAAACUGGAAGAAUGUUUCUACCAAAAGAAGAAAAGGAAUUUGUAAAACUCUUCAAUAAACAAAAAUUUAGACCUAGAACAGCUAUUUUAACAGUGUGGUUUGACUGUCCCAAAAACAUGUUCUUCCAACCGAUACCAGCUAAAGAUAAAAUCACUUUCACGAAUAAAGAAGAAAUAGUUAAAGCCGGUGGACGAAUUAUUAGAAUAUUAGAUGGUAUAGUAUACGAAGAAAAUUUUAAAACUCCACCCUACAGAGAUUAUAUUUUAAUUUUGAGAGAUCUAAGAAAUAAAUAUAAACUAGAAGGUAAUAUUGUGGGUAGUAAUUGCAUGAAAUUAUUAGGUAAUUCCUUGUAUGGUAAAUCAAUUCAAAAAGAUAUAUUCACAACUAGACAUUUAUGGAAUGAAGCAACUUUACAGGCUAACUUUGAUUCACAUAUUAAAACCUAUGAGAAAAUUAUUGAUACUCAAUAUAUUGUUGAAACAGAAAUUGAAGAAAAAGAGAUUACUACCGAAGAUAGUAAAUCUACACGACUAACACCUAGUCAUUUGGGAUCAUUCGCUUUAUCUCACAGUAAAAAAAUAAUGAACAAUUUCAUUCACGUCAUAGAUGGAUUUUAUAAACCCGAAAUAUACUAUACCGACACCGAUAGUUUCAUCCGACAAUUGGAAAAAACUAAACAGAGCUGGUUUGGUCUCCGAAAAAGACUAUUGCAAAGGUUAACACGAUUACGGUGA